GCUCUAAUAAAUUUGUUAGUAUCUAAGGUGCCACAAGUCCUCCUUUUCUUUUUACGUAACAGAAAAUCACUUCAGAUCUGGGUGCUUGUCUCUCAUUAUCAAAUAUUCCUUUUUAGACCUAUUUCUUCCCCAAUUCUCCAAGAUAGAUCUAAAAUAUCCUGUGUGCAGUGCUGUAGUGACCAUGGUGGUCCCAGUAUAUUGGAGGCUGCCCCCUUGAUUUAUAUACAGAUGUUCCAGGUUAUUCUCCAUCUCAUUCCUUAUGAAUCUCAACAUGUUAGCUUUUUUGCUGGCAGCUGUGCACUGAGUGGAGCUUUUCAUUGAUCUGUCUACAGCAACAUGCAGAUCCCUUUCUUGAGUUGUGUAGCCGAUAAUAUGUUCUGCUGACGCCACUAGGUGUAAUGCAUGUUCAUGGGGGUUUCUCCCCUCUUCCUUAUUUGUAUUUCCUCUCCCUACUAAUGUUGGGGUGUCCUGCUCUUAUAGGUUCAUGUAUUAAUGAUCUUGGGGUCAAAUGUGUCAAUUUGUUGCCAUGGCACUCCUAUUGUCAGACAUCUGUGAAUGUUCUAUCGAAAAGCCGGUGUUAGCUCAUGUUUCUCUGGUUGGCUGAUGUCUUUAUGGAUGAAAUACCCCCUUAGACACUCUGUUUCCAGUUCUCCAAACCUUAGGGGUGACUGUUAGGCCAUUUAUCUGCGCCAGAAUUCAUAGGCUUCAAGCCUUAUGCUAACUGUUCAAGCCAGUAUCGUACAGGAUACAGGCCUGUAGGUUCCUGGCAUUACUGCUGCACAAAAUAAAUGCUAAAGCUGGAUAUAUGGGCUACAUUUGAUCGUUAAUUUACCCCACGGUGUAUAAGUAGCUAAGAAUUUUUCUCUCCAGUGUGCAUUGCUUUGCGUUUAGAAAGACAAGGUGGGUGAGAUAAUAUCUUUUAUUGGACCCACUUUAGUUGGUGAGAGAGACAAAUCUCUGAGCUACACGCAGAUCUCUUCUUUAGGAGAGUGGCCUAAAAAAUUGUCCUCCUUUCUCUCUAGUUACCUAUUUCUAAUUUAAUAUUCCCUGAAAUUUUUUCCAUGUCUCACUAAUAAUAAAAUAUUAACGUAAAAUAUCCUCAGAUUUUGACUUUUUCUCCAAUUUUUGAAUAUACUUAGAAAAGUUUUGCAGAUGUUUUCCAUUUUCUCUCAAUUUGUCAAAUAAUAUGAAAUUCACUCCCAUUUUACCUCCUUACCUACUAUUGACGAUCGAUAUAAAAUCCCUCACAUUUUUCCACUUUCCUUUCUAGUUUGUGAAAAUCGAUCAAAAAUUCUUCAGAUUUCCAUCCUUUUCUCUUUAAUGACUUAACAUAGAUGUCAGCUGUCAGAUUUUGUCUUUUUCCAUGCAAUUAUCAAAAGUCUGUUUUAAAAAAAAAAAAAGUCUUUCAUUUGGAGAUGUUCCCGUGUUUAUUUGCAGCAAGUUCUCCUGUUUUGGAGGAAAUUUGUUGCCUUAGUCAUUCUCCAUCCUGCUGGUUGCAGGGAGUUAGAGUCCAUUUUCUCCUCUCAUUUGAGAUUCAUUUCUUUCCCUCUUUAUCUUCAUUAAAAUGUUUGCUGAUGAAAGUGACUUGCCCCAUAUUUAAUACACAUCAGAGCCAAAGGCCUCCCACUUUUUCGGGGAAAGGUGUCUCCCAGCUGCUCACAGAACAGUUGGCUGGACCCUUUUCUUUUCCUUGGGGGGCACAGGAUGAGGGCUCAGUCUGUGCCUGGCUCCUUGCUGCCCAGGCUGUACCCAGAGUGGCUGAGAAUCUCCAUGCUACUCUCUUAGCCCCUCACUAUGUUCACCAGCAGUAUCCCAAACCCCCAUGACGAAUGGUCUCCAUGAGGGGUGGUUUCGUCCAGUGCUGAGAUGUAGUCGUCUCUGGAGUGACUAUUGGCCAUUAUCUGCCAGUCACCGGGCAUGGAAAUUUCUUUAAAAAUGUGGCUCCUCCAUGCCAUGCAUUCUCCUGUGAAAGAAGCAUCUCCCAGGGCUCCCCACACCUCUGUGUAUGGGUGGCAGGGGCUGCUGAUAACUUUCUAUCCAUUUGUCAAUUACUGAUAUGAAAUCACAACAGGCUUUGCUUCUCUCACCGUUUUCAAAACUGGAGGAAUUUCAGGUUUUGGAGGGAAAACUGUUGCUGUGAAUCCUUCUCAGAAGAAGAGAAGAGGAGGAAAGGACUCUGUCCUCCUCCCUCCUGAGCCAUGUUUCUGGUUUCACUCAGACCAGUGUUAAUCGAGAGACACUUCAAGGAAGAACAUGAAGUGACUCCAGAUUAAUGGGGGCAAAUAAAAUCAGGAUAUGUCCCUGUGGGGAGGGGGUUUGUUGUUGCUAAAGGGGGGUGGAAGCCCUCAGUCUCUGUCUGACUGUGUCUCUCUCUUCUCGGGAUAUUAGGGUUGAGCUUCCUGGGUGAGAUGCUGCGGCCUGUAUUGUGAACUGGGAGCCCAGUCUGAGCAGCUGCUGCUGUUCCCCUGGUGGGGUCUGGGCUUGGGAGUGAGUUGGAGUGAAGCUUCCUUUGUGCCCAGGCAAGAAUUGCCCUUCUCACCCGGCCAGGCUGCAGAAUGACGUCCAUGUUUCGCUCCCGUUCAUUCCAUCCUCCCAUGGGACAGGGGAGAGAAAUGGCUGCAGAGGAGCCAAUUCAUGGGCCGGUGACCUUCGAGGAGGUGACUGUGUAUUUCACCAGGGAAGAGUGGGCUCUGCUGGAUCCCGCUCAGAGAGCCCUCUGCAGAGACGUCAUGCAGGAGAACUAUGAGAAUGUGACCUCGCUGGCAGGGUUUCCAGUAUCCAAACCUGAUGUGAUCUCCCAGGUGGAACAAGGGGAAGAGUCAUGGGUCCUAGACCUCCAAGGCUCAGAGGAAAGAGAGAUCCUGAGAGCUCCCUACACAGCAGGUAAAGCAAUGGUCUGUGAGAAAGAGGAGCAGAAUUCUCAGCAGGAAGAUGCUGGACAAGUGCAUAAAUACAGAGAAUUAUCGCAAAGAUUGAAAAGGAAUGUGUCCAGGAGUCAUGAGCAGGGAAAAUCCUCUGAGAUUCAGUACCGACCAGAGAGAGAGCAGGGAAACCAGCCAGGGGAGAAAGUGGAUAAAUGUAUUUCCUGUCAGGGAACUCAGAAGGACAUCAAGGAAACCACAACCCAGCAGGAAAUCCUCUGGGGAAAGCGGAAAAAUACAUGCACUGAGUGUGGGAAAAACUUAUGUGACAACUCAGCCCUUAUAAAGCAUCAGAGACUACACACAGGUGAGAAACCCUAUGAAUGCACUGAGUGUGGGAAAAACUUCACUCACAGAUCAGCCCUUCUUAAUCAUCAAAGAAUCCACACAGGGGAGAGGCCCUAUGAAUGCUGUGAGUGUGGAAAAUGCUUCACUAAGAGCUCAGCCCUUUCUGAACAUCAGAGAAUUCACACAGGGGAGAGGCCCUAUGAAUGCAAUGAGUGUGGGAAAAGCUUCACUCACAGAUCAGGCGUUUUCCUCCAUCAGAGAAUCCACACAGGGGAGAGGCCCUAUGAAUGCAGUGAGUGUGGAAAAUGCUUCACUAGCAGCUCAGCCCUUUCUGAACAUCAGAGAAUCCACACAGGGGAGAGGCCCUAUGAAUGCAGUGAGUGUGGGAAAAACUUCACUCAGAGAUCAGGCCUUUUUCUCCAUCAGAGAAUCCACACAGGGGAGAAGCCCUAUGAAUGCUAUGAGUGUGGGAAAACCUUCAAUCGCAGCUCACACCUUAUUAGGCAUCAGAGAAUCCAUACAGGGGAGAGGCCUUAUGAAUGCAGUGAGUGUGGGGAAAGCUUCACUAACAGCUCAGCCCUUUCUGAACAUCAGAGACUGCACACAGGGGAGAGGCCCUAUGAAUGCAGUGAGUGUGGGAAAAACUUCACUCGCAGAUCAGGUCUUCUUCAACAUCAGAGAAUACAUACAGGGGAGAGGCCGUAUAAAUGCAAUGAGUGUGGGAAAAGUUUCACUAGCAAAUCAGCCCUUUCUGAACAUCAGAGACUCCACACAGGGGAGAGGCCCUAUGAAUGCAGUGAGUGUGGGAAAAACUUCACUCACAGAUCAGGCCUUUCUGAACAUCAGAGAAUCCACACAGGAGAGAGGCCCUUUGAAUGCCGUGAAUGUGGAAAAUGCUUCACUAACACCUCAGCCCUUUCUAAACAUCAGAGAAUCCACACAGGAGAGAGGCCCUAUGAAUGCCAUGAGUGUGGGAAAACCUUCAUUCGCAGCUCGCACCUUAUUAGGCAUCAGAGAAUCCACAUGGAAGAGAGGCCCUAUGAAUGCAGUGAGUGUGGGGAAAGCUUCACUAACGUCUCAGCCCUUUCUGAACAUCAGAGAAUCCAUACAGGGGAGAAGCCCUAUGAAUGACAUGAGUGUGGGAAUACCUUCUCUUGGCUCUAAGCCCAUGUUAGCUAUCAGAGAAUCUGCAAGGGAGAUCAAUAUCAUAAAAACCUCUAGGGCUAUCCAUACUUUUUUUUUUUUCCUUAAUACUUUUCCUGAUUCCCACAUAGUAACUUUUAAAGCUGCUUGAACUGUUUGCAGCCCCAUUAUCCCUUAGCUUGUCCAGAUGAGUGGCCCAUUUUUGCCUUUUGCAGUUUUCCCUUUUCUGAGGUGGACCCAUUUGUCCUUUCUGUCAGUUCCAUUGUCUCAUGAGUAAUGUGAGUGUGCCCUUCCUAUCAGGAGCCAGGGAGCAUCACAUUUAUAGCAUUCCUCUUAUUGCAAAGUUAUUGUUAGUCACCAAUGAUACAGAUUGUAUCAUUGCCAGUUCUUCUCAUGUUGUUCUGGGUUGUGCUUAAGAGCAGUUAUAUUGGGAAUUUUUCAAGUUAUAUUUAAAUGAAGAGCAGCUGGGGCAGGAAAAAGAGUGUCAUUUCAGCCUCUGACACUGGAAGGAGAUGGGGUGACCAGAGAUUCCCUCCUUCCCCAUCACUGCAGAACUGUUACCUUUUGUCUGAGCCAUGCAGAGUUUAUCUUCAUCGCAUUCUAUCCCUCCACUUCUCAAAGUGUCAUGUGAUGAAGUUUUCUCAGUUGUCUGUGUUUGGAGAUGAUACUUUGGCUUCUUUAAUCCUAUAUCAGAGUCACUGUGACUGGAGAUGAGUGUCAAAGACCUGGAAGGGGAAUUCAAAGGGAUCCCAAACACAGUGUGAUCAUUUGGAGUUUAAAUCCCAGGUUCCAUCUAUUGGUAAAGUCACUUCUGGCAAGGUGGUUGUUUUGUCCCCCAUUAUGGGGAUGCUACAAUACUAAAAAUGUUGUAAAUAACAUAACUGACUAUUGA